GCUCUCCCUGUUGCAAACAUGCUACUGCUGAAGAAGCUGACUGCGGACAUAAGCAGCAUGGUGAGUGUGUGCACAUGUGAGGAGCGUGUGUGGCGGGGCGCCUUCUCCGAGGUGAUGCUGGCCCAGGAGAGGGACUCUGCACACCUGGUGGCCCUCAAGUGUAUCCCCAAGAAGGCCCUGAGAGGCAAGAAUGAAAUCGCUGUGCUCUGCAGGGUCAACCACCCCAACAUCAUGGCCCUAGAGGACGUCCACGAGAGCCCUUCCCACCUCUACCUGGCCAUGGCGCUGAUGACGGGCGGAGAGCUGUUUGACCGCAUCAUGGAACGAGGCUCAUACACAGAGCAGGACACCAACCACCUGGUGGCUCAGGUCCUUGGAGCCAUCUCCUACCCACACAGCCUAGGCAUUGUGCACCGUGACCUCAAGCCUGAAAACCUGCUCUAUGCCACACCAUUUGAGGACUCCAAGAUCAUGGUCUCUGACUUUGGCCUCUCCAAAAUCCAGGCUGGCAACACCUGCAGGACUCCAGGAUAUGUAGCCCCCUACGGGAAGGCCGUGGACGUGUGGGCCCUGGGUGUUAUCUCCUGUAUCUUGCUGUGCGCCUACCCACCCUUCUACGACGAGAGCGACUCCGAGCUCUUCAGUCAGGUCCUGAGGGCCAGCUAAGAGUUCAGCUCUCCAUUUUGGGAUGGCAUCUCUGGAUCAGCCAAAGACUUCAUCCGGCACCUGCUGCAGCGGGACCCACAGGUGAGGCUCACCUGCCGACAGGCCUUGAGGCACCUUUGGAUCUCCAGGGAUGCAGCCUUCGACUGGAACAUCUUGGGCUUAGUGAGUGAACACAAGCAGAACAACUUCGCCCGGACUCAUUGGAAGCGAGCGUUCAAUGCCACCUCAGUUCUGCGCCAUAUCCAGAAGCUGGGCCAGAGCAGAGGGCAGAUGCUGGAGGCCGACUACCAGCUGCGCCCUCCGGCUCCCUGCCCUUGGGUCUUUUUCGGUUCCCUUUCCCGGCCCGGAAGUCCGGGGCAGGCCUCUGCAGAUGACUCGGAGAGUCAUUGGGAGCUGCUGGAUGCUGGGAUGGGAGCCCGGAAGUAG